AGGCUGCGCUUCAGCCUCCUUUCGCUCAAGACACCUUGUUUUACCUUUUCCUCUAAAAUCUCAUGGCAUCAGGCCUGUCGAGACGACGAGUAGCAACAUCCUCGUCGUCAACGUCGCUCUCCUCCCCCACUCCGUCCUCGACCAAUAGCGUCGGCGGCGGCAGCACACUUUCAAAUACCAAUGCAAAUGGCGGCGGACACGCAGGCUCAGCAUUCGAAGGCGGCACCAGGAUCGCAUACGACCCACGAGAUCUCGCGAGUGCAGAUUCUGAACAGCAGCCCAAACUGACGUUGAUGGAAGAGGUGCUGUUGCUGGGCAUCAAGGACAAGCAGGGUUACCUCUCUUUUUGGAACGACAACAUUUCGUAUGCCCUUCGCGGUUGUAUACUGCUCGAACUGGCCCUUCGACGGCGGAUACUGCUUGUCAAUGACCCGAACCGUCGGCACUUGCCCCUUGCAGAGCGCCUAGUCGAGGUUCGAAGUGAUAAGCUCACGGGGGAGACCAUUCUCGACGAGACGCUGAGAAUGAUGAAAACCCAAGAAUCUGUUGAAAGGCUGAGUGUUGGCAGCUGGAUUGAUCUAUUAUCUGGCGAGACGUGGAACGUCCUAAAAAUCGGCUUCCAGCUCAAGCAAGUCCGAGAGCGCCUUGCCAAGGGCCUUGUCGAUAAGGGUGUCCUUCGCACUGAGAAACGCAAUUUUCUCCUGUUUGACAUGGCAACUCACCCAGUUGCUGACGUGCGCACGAAGGAAUCCAUCAUCACCCGUGUCGUUUCUCUCCUUACCGCCACCACGUCGACUGUACCUCCAGAAGCCCUAGGGAAGGAAGAGGCUGUCAAGGAGCGCACAGCGCGCGCCGUUUGUCUCGUUUGCGCGGCUUACACUGCCAGCGUGCUCGACAAUGCUUUCGGCAGGCUUGGGUAUGAGGAGCGCGAGAGUGCGUUCCAGCGAUGCGACGAGAUACUUGCAGAGUUUAGUGUCUGGCCGUUCGGAUCAGAGAGUGGGCUGGGGAACGCGAAUAGCUCUAGGAGGAGGAACAGAAUCGCCGAGGGCAGCAGGAGUGAUGGAAGAGAAGCUGUGAUUGGCUUGGUUAGUCAAGUUAAGCGUGAGGCUGGGGGACCGUCGGGAGAGGGGGAAGAUACCACGUUUGAGCUCGUCGCGGCCGUGCUGGAUGUCCUCGCCAAGCUGGACUCGUUGAUAUGAUGAUGAUAAACAGCGUUGUUCUGGAAUACAUAGGUUCAAAUUUCUCAGCUGCUGGAGGUGGUCGGAGGAAUGGAUUUGGUGUAUCGUGUACUAUUACAUGCGUAAUUCAGGGAUCUCACUAUCUGCGUAGUCUUCGGUCUUUAUUACACU